AUGGCUUCAAAUACCGUCAAACCUCACGCCGAUCUGAUGGAGCGAGACCUGGAGAAUGACGACCGCGGUAAUUCGGUUGUAUCUCAUGACAAGACUGCGCACUACAUACCACAAAGUGAUGAAGAAUAUGUCGUUACCUGGAAGACGUGGUGCGUAAUAUGGAUUCUGGCACUGUCCUACGGCAUCUCCUUCUGGAUCGUCCCUUCAGCGGCGGCGGCACAGGCUGUAAUCGCGACCCAGCUGGGUGAUGCAACGAAGUCUGCUUGGUACAUUUCCAUAUACACCAUGACCGUCACCAUCGCAUUUAUGGUCUGUGGUGCAAACUCGGAUCUCUUCGGCAGGCGAUGGUUUAUCAUUGCAGGCAAUAUGCUUAUGUUCAUCGGCUUCAUCAUUGGCGGUACGGCGAAGAACAACACUGCUGCCAUAGCAGCUUUCGCCUUCAUCGGGUUUGGUGGCGGCAAUGCUCAAUUGGCUGCCUUUGCUCUUCCUGAGCUUCUACCAAACAAAUGGCGACAUUCUGCUAUCGUGCUGGCUGAUAUCGGCGUAUACUUCGCGGUCGUGGUCGGGCCUGUUGCCGGACGCUUCGCCAUCCAGCAUGGGGAGGCCUGGAGAUGGCUCUUUUAUGCUCCAGCCAUUGCAGUCUUCUUCUCUUUCGUCGGUCUUGUACUCUACUAUUUCCCUCCAAAGCACCCUCGUGGCCUUGCAUUUGGCCAAGCGAUGCGUCAACUGGAUUAUGGUGGAGCGAUCAUGUUCAUUACGUCGACUACACUCAUACUUACGGGUAUCGUAUACACGACCACUCUCCCAUCUAGCGAUCCGCGCGUGAUCGGAACGCUUGUGGCUGGGUUUGGCCUUAUGCUUGUCUUCGCCCUGUAUGAGACCUUCGCCCCGCUGAAGCAGCCGCUUACUCCCACCCACGUCUUCUUACGCAACAAGGGAAGAGAUCUAACGGCGCCAUUUGUGGCUGGCUUUGUGGUGACAAUGUUCUACUAUGCGAUCAACGUCAUCUAUCCGACGCAGAUUGCAACGCUUUUCACGACAGCUACUACCACCUUCCAGUAUGCCAUCAUCAUGACUUUGCCACAGAACCUGGGUCUGGUCUUUGGUGCAGUGCUCCUUACUCUGUUUGGCACCAAGAUAGGUCACUGGAAGUGGACACUCACUGGAAGCGUUGCCGUCAUGGUAGUUUUCGGAGCUUUAUUGGCACUUGCUACUCCAGAGCGAAAGGGUAUGAUGAUGGCUUUCGUCUUCCUUGCGAUGACUGGUUUCGGAUGGGCACAAUAUCUCAGCAUUGCUUUCAUCCAAUUCGGAGUAGACCAGGUCGAGCUGGGCAUCUCCGGCGGCCUGGCUGGCGUGGCACGCUUCGCAGGAGGCGCCGUUGCGAUCAGCGUAUACACCACUAUCCUUUCGAACUCGGUCAAGAGCCAUGCGGUGAAGUUGGUACUACCAGCAGCAGAGGCGGCUGGUGCGACCGCAGAGCAAGCGAUUGCAAUCCUUACAGCACUACCGCUCGGUGCUGAAGCCUUGGCCAAGAUACCUGGUGCAACAACAGAAAUGAUAGGCGCAGCGGCGGCAGCAUUCCAGCAAUGUUAUGUCAUUGGCCUCCGGACUACAGCGUUAUCAUCGCUCUCCUUUGGUAUUGUUGGAAUCAUUGCAUGUCUUUUCACAGUGGACAUUGGACCAAAAAUGAACAACAAGAUAGAGAUCUUCCUCGAGAAUGAUGUGAACGCAGAUAAGAACGAGUAUCAUUAG